AUGACGAACAAUAAGAAGGAUAUAGAGUCUGAUUUUGAAAGAAGACCGAAUCCAAAAGGUUGGGUUCCUCCCAAGGCUCCUUACAAUCCAUAUGAUGCUACUGAUGUUAGACCACCUGAAGGUUAUCCAUCUGAAUUUAAAAUUCCUGGUGAACAACCAACGGGGCAUUCUUCAAUACCUAAGAAUCCUACACAAUAUAAGAAGGUGAAUGAAACCAUGAAGAGAUUGAAUUAUACUCCUAGACCAGCUUCAGAAUUGUAUCCAGGUCAAUAUAAGGUUUUAAGAAGAGUGGAUACAAAUCAAAGAUUAAAUGCUGGAUCUCGUUGGUUUGGAUCAUUUCUUGGUACAUCGAUAUUGAUAUAUUUUGCAUUCUUCCAUAGAUGGAAUGAUGGUAAAGAAAAUGUUAUGUCAGAUUUUUAUCGUGCUAGAUUAAGAUUAAAGGAAAGGUUUGCUCCUUUGACAGAAGAAGAAUUUGAUGAUUUAUAUCAUCCUAAGAAUGCUCUGUUGGGUGUAAGAAGUGUGAGAGAUACUGAUUAUAUUCCUGAGAAUAUGAGAAAAACAACUGAAAAUGAAUAUGCCUUAAACAGACCAUCUGAAAGACAUGUUCUUGAAGCUCAACGUAUACAGCAAGAACAAGAAGAACAAUUAUUAAGAGAGAUGGAUAAGCAUAAAAAGUUCGCUAUGGAAUUAAUCCAAAGUGGUGAAUAUGUACCUGAAACAACCACAGCUGACCAAUCUAAUACCAGAAAGAAAUGGUUUGGUAUAUUCUAA